ACCUUUUUUUUUUUUUGAACAUAAAAAAUCGCGAAUUACCUAAAACUGCAAAACUCUUUGCGUUUCCUCUUUUCUUCGCGACACAAAAACAUUGGAAGCUUCUUCUUCUUCUUCUGCCAGAGAAGAAUCGGUCCUCCCUUGCGUACAAUCAAACUACAAGAGACAUCGAGAGAUGAGAGAGAUCUCGAUCUCGACGCUUACUCUUUCAUGGUCACAUCUUCUACUCUUCGCUUCGAUUUCUCUCCACUUCGUCUUAGGUAUAUCUGGUGAUUCCAAUAGUUCAAGUACUGGAGCAAAGGCGGAAUCUCAUACUUCUUCUAGCAAAACAGGCACGAAAGUGAUCCUCGUAUUGCUUGGGUUUGGUGCUGUAGCGGGAGUCUCGUUCUUCCUGUACAAACUGUGGCAAAAGAAGAAAAGAGACGAGCAGUAUGCUCGGUUAUUGAAACUGUUUGAGGAAGAUGAUGAACUGGAGGUUGAAUUAGGCCUUCGGGAGUCUGAAGCAGAUGUUGUGGUUAUUGGAAGUGGCAUAGGAGGAUUAUGUUGUGGUGCAUUGUUAGCUAGAUAUGAUCAGGAUGUGGUUGUUUUGGAGAGCCAUGACCAUCCCGGUGGCGCGGCUCAUUCAUUUGAGAUCAAAGGGUACAAGUUUGACUCAGGUCCUUCUCUGUUUUCUGGUUUACAAUCGCGAGGUCCUCAAGCCAAUCCACUUGCUCAAGUUCUUGAUGCCUUAGGGGAAUCACUUCCAUGUAAGAAAUAUGAUUCUUGGAUGGUUUACUUACCAGAAGGGGACUUCUUGUCACGCAUAGGCCCUACAGAUUUCUUCAAGGAUCUAGAGAAAUAUGCCGGUCCUAGCGCAGUCCAGGAGUGGGAAAAGCUUCUUGGAGCAAUACUCCCUCUGUCUACUGCUGCUAUGGCGUUACCACCAUUGUCUAUUCGCGGGGAUCUUGGUGUUCUCUCCACAGCUGCUGCUAGAUAUGCUCCUUCGCUGAUAAAAUCUUUUAUCAAAAUGGGUCCUAAAGGAGCGUUGGGAGCCACAAAGCUUCUCCGCCCGUUCUCGGAGAUCUUUGAUUCUUUGGAGUUGAAAGAUCCGUUUAUACGAAACUGGAUUGAUCUUCUUGCAUUCCUUCUCGCAGGGGUCAAAUCUGAUGGCAUACUUUCAGCAGAGAUGAUCUACAUGUUUGCGGAAUGGUACAAGCCAGGCUGCACGUUGGAGUACCCUAUUGAUGGAAGCGGUGCGGUGGUUGAAGCGCUUGUCCGUGGCUUAGAGAAGUUUGGAGGACGUCUGUCUCUUAAAAGUCAUGUUGAGAACAUUGUCAUCGAGGAUGGUAAAGCUGUUGGAGUCAAGCUAAAGAAUGGUCAAUUCAUUCGAGCUAGAAAAGCUGUGGUUAGCAAUGCGUCGAUGUGGGAUACUUUAAAGCUCUUACCUCCAGGAGCUCUCCCAGAUUCAUACGUAAAAGGUGUGAACACAACGCCUCAAUGUGAGUCAUUCAUGCAUCUUCACCUGGGAUUCGACGCAGAGGGAAUAGCAGAUGACCUUGAGAUUCAUCAUAUCGUUGUGAAUGACUGGGACCGCGGUGUGGAUGCUGACCAGAAUGUGGUUCUGAUAUCAGUCCCUAGUGUUCUUAGCCCAAACCUUGCGCCACCGGGAAAACAUGUUCUACACGCUUACUGUCCUGGAACCGAACCUUUCAGUCUCUGGGAAGGUCUUGACAGAAGAAGUGCCGAGUACAAGAAUCUCAAAUCCCAACGGUCUGAGGUGAUGUGGAGAGCGGUGGAACGGGCAUUAGGGCCCGGGUUUAAAAGAGAAAAGUGCGAGGUGAGUUUGGUUGGAACACCAUUGACGCAUCAGAGGUUUCUAAGGAGGAAUAGAGGAACAUAUGGGCCUGCAAUAGAGGCUGGUAAAGGUACUUUUCCUGGCCAUUCCACUCCCAUUCCGCAACUUUUGUGUUGCGGUGACUCGACCUUUCCCGGGAUCGGAGUUCCUGCAGUGGCAGCUAGUGGCGCGAUUGUGGCGAAUUCGCUAGUUCCUGUUUCUAAGCAUUCCCAGCUUCUUGAUGCUAUUGGCUUAUAGAAAGAUCUGCUCAGCUUUCUUGAUGCUAUUUAAUUUUAUAUAAUAAAAUUAAGUUUCCUCC